AUGGCAGCAUUUCUCAAUAACAAGAACAGUUCUGCCCCUCGUGCAACCGCCGACAUGGCGCGGGUGAGAAACAAGUUUCUCCCCUCCAUCUUCGAAGAGAAAAAUGAUGACAAAAUACAGGACUUUCGCAAAGCUUUGAAGAUAAACGAAGAUGACAUAGAUGAAGUGGAUCAAUUCGCAAUGGUUCAUUCAGCGCUGCACGAAGCGGAAACUGUUGAAGAAAACAAAGGAUCAGUGAUGAGAGAUUCGCAUAAAAUACCUCGCAGAAUAGGCACUGCCAGAAUAAAACCUCUCACGAGAAGUUUCUCAGAUUCACGAAUGGAUCCAUGGCGGCCAAGGAGACAAACCUCGGCGUUUGCCGGAGCCAGCCGCAUCAACUCGGGUAUUCCUACGGGUCAACGAUCAUUUGGGCAACGUAAAAUAACAUCACCCGGAGUGAACCGAGCGCGGCAAGUUGAUGUAGCAGAAGUAAUUGACUUGACAAAUCCUGAAGAUGCAAAUGAAAUUGCACGCAGAUUCUUUCAAGACGAGUUAAAAAUGGAUCUAUUAGACCCACGUUUUGAUAAACAUGAAGACUUUAUUGCUAAUUUACGGUGGAAAGCAGAAAGAAAGUUUAGCUACGGGGAGUUAUGGCAACGAAGAAUAUCGGGCGGAGCACAUAACAUCACUUUAACAAACAAUUCACCGACAAUUUGGCCGAGCCCCAAAUGUGACGAAAAACUACCAACAAUAGGCAAGGCACACACAUACACACAAGUUAAUUCCCCUUUUCUGCAGAUAUCUUAUUCAAAGCCAAAGGCCGGUGGUGAUUUUUUUAGUGACAAGAAAAGACUGACUUCUUCCUUCAAAGAGCAUGCUGAUAACUGUUAUAGACGAAAACGAGGUGGAAUUUUAAAUCCGAUUAGGCGAGCCGACAAAAAAUCCAAAACCAUUAUCAGAGAUCACUUGCAAUCCCGGAAGGAGAAGAAUCCCUGAGAUAAUUAUUGGGUGGGAAUACAAUGCUACUAAUUUCACCUCAGCACUACUCUGCUGUGCAAGUGUUGGACAGUAGGCGUAGACUAACUUGAACACCGGACGCGUAAACGGGAGGCACCAGGAGACGUCUGUUUAGGAACUUUAUUUCACUCUCUGAGACACUGUCUCACUUCUAUUACUUCAGCUCUUAGUAUACGUUCUUAAAUGCUCUAUCGAUAGGCAUGUUUGGGCUUACAGGACAACUUACUUUGGGAGAGUAAACAUAAUUUUAGAAUGCUAACCAAAACAAUGUUACAGGACAUUCGAAAUGAACAACAAAGUACUUGACAACAACUAAUCUUCGAGAACCAAAACCUAAACAAAACCUCCCUUUGAGUAUUCUAAGCAAGGUCAAGAAAAAACCCAAAUAUGACUAGCGAUGACGAUUAUCGCACGAGAAUUAAUUCCUAUCACAACGGUCAAGGACACAUCACUCAAGUGGUAAAAAUAAGAGUGAGCCGGGUCCUGCAGCACAUAACAAAACUAGGCUCACAAGACGCGUAUAAGAUUUCAAAAUAAACUAACAAGCAUAAACAAUUUCAAAAAACUUAAUAAUAACCUCCCUAAUUAUAGUAGUUCCCAAACACUUCUAGUAACUCCCGAGGAGCGCAACCUUGAAGGUACUUUUGAUAGAUAACUGAAACUGGGUGGUUAUGUUUAGAAGUGGAUUCUCUCAUGUCAUGAUUGAAUAGAAAGACGAAAAACCG